UACUCUUUGUUUGCGGGCUCUGGGCGCAGUUUUCCAACCCAGCCGAAGGGUUUAGCCGCUGCGGGGGCGAUGGAAGACAACGAUGAUAAUGAUAUAAAGCUGAAAGAAGAAAUGGAAGCCGAAUUGGAUAAAAUCAGCAUUUCUUCCUUGGAAAACGAUGAUCUGGAGAGUGAUUCAGAAUCAGAAACCCAGAGCGGUAGUAGUGACACAGAUUUGGAUGAAUUACCUGAGUCCGUUCUUCACUGUAUUAACAUCAUAAAGAAUCAGAGUAAAACUGUGGAAGAGCUCAUUCUUCAGGACAUGGAAGAUACUGAUGUUUUAAGCUAUGGUUAUGGAGCAGUUUCUAAUAACCAUAUGCAUUUAAGGAUAGAAUUAUCAAAUGACUGUAAAGAAAAUCCAGAACAAUUAAUGAAGAUGUUAUCUGAAAUAGAAAAAGGAGAAUUUCUGAGAAGCGAAACUCGCUGUGGCGGUCCUGAUUCUGUUCCAGAGCCUGGUCCUUGUGAUUUGCCUGUGGGUGGGCAUGUUUUGGCAGAUGAUGCUGAUCUAAAUUUUGGGUACUGCGAAGUGGAAGAAAGAUGUAGGCAGUCAUUUGAGGCUUGGCAAGACAGACAGAAGGAACUAGAAGACCAAGAGAAAGAAACUCUCAAAGCUCAGAGGGAUAGAGAAGAAAAGCAAUUUCAAGAAGAAGAAGAAAAAAGAUAUUGCUGGAUGAAGCAAUUUGAAGUUGAAAAGAAGAAAUUAGAGAGUAUUCAUAAGAAGGCUCUCAGUGAUUCCCACAUGGUCGUCUCUAACACGUACUUCACUGACCUCCUUAGCGUCUCCUUGACUCGCUUUCUGUAA